CCCAGUUUGUCCAGAAGUAGCAGUCAAUGUGUUCAGCACUGUCGCUGAUGUAACUGUAACUCCCAGCACGAGGCCUAUCACCACAACAAUAACAAAAUAAAUUAAAAAAAACUAAAACAUGAAAACAAGCAGAGCCGAAGCGGAACGCUUGCUAGCGAUCGGCGAGAAGCUGCUUCAGAGCCGCGAUCUGAGCAGCUCGCGCGACUUCGCCAUCCUCGCCCAGGAAGCCGAGCCGCUCCUCGAAGGCUCCGACCAGAUCCUGGCCAUCGUCGAAGUCCUCCUCGCCGCCGAGAAGCCAAUCACCAACGACCACCUCGAUUGGUACGCUAUUCUCCAGGUCGAUCGCACGUGCCAGGACCUCGAUCUCAUCAAAAAACAGUACCGUAGACUCGGUCUUCUUCUUCACCCCGACAAGAACCCUUUCUCCCUCGCCGACCACGCCUUCAAGCUCGUCUCCGAUGCCUGGGCCGUGCUUUCCGACCCGGUCCAGAAAGCGAUUUAUGACAGGGACGUGGCCGGUUCGGUCGAACCGGAGAGCUUCUGGACCGCGUGUCCGUACUGUUAUUUUCUCUACGAGUACCCUGCGGUUUGCGAGGGGUGCUGCCUGAGGUGCCAGAAUUGCGAGAGGUCCUUCCAUGGGCUUUCGAUUCCCUCGCUGCCGCCGCUCGUGCCGGGCCAGGAGGCCUAUUAUUGUAACUGGGGCUGCUUGCCCAUGGGCUUUGUGUUUGGGAAUUUGGGCUCCGACGGGCCUGGGCCUGGGCCUAUGGUCGAGAAUGGACCUACUGCGGUGGCGGUUUCGAAUGGGGUUAACGUUGCUUCGCGGAAGCGUGGAAGGCCGCGAAAGGGGGUUUGAGUUUUGUUCACUUUUUGUUUUUGGUUUUGCUUGGAGCGAAUUGCAACUGAAGCAAAACAUGGAGGUGGUGUUUUGUUUUGUUUAUUUUAUUUUUUUUUACCUUAAUUAUUUCUUUGUUUGUUGUACAUGCAUGCUCUUUUCGUUGUUGUUGAUGUUAUAAAUGUAGCUCUCUUGUGUCUGGUACAAUGACGAUGGCACAAAGUAGUAGAUCAAUGUUUAUGUCACUCAAUAUCAUCAUCACCGUUUUCUUUUAUUUAUUUAUUUCAGAAUAAGGUUAUAGACUUAUAGUACUGGGCUAGUUUUCUAGCUUUAUAUGGAUUUGGGAAACGUUCAUCUGUUGUUUACAUUAAA